GGUGCUUGUAUUUGUGGGGAAAUUCGUAUGAACUCUACCGGGUCUUAACACAGUCAAACCCGAAGCCAUUUAAAGCCAUAAAUCGGCGUGUUUUUUUUCCGUUCGUUCUGCCACUGCCACGCUCUACGCUUUGCCUGGCGAAGUCCUUACAAACACUGUUUUUCUUACAUAAUUUAUUCUAAUCUUUCUGCAAACCCAAGUUAUAAUUUGCGCGGCUUUCUUUCAAAAGUUAGAAACCCCAAAAGAAAUAGGAGUUGACAAUGUGCAGGUAUGAAUUAAGUACUGAAAAAAACCAGCUUCUUGUUAUGUUGUAACGUUACAAUCAUAAUGAGUGUGGCAACGGAAUCGCCGUCUCCUUCUUCGAGCAAUGAUGAUUUUGCGAGGUUGCUGGAUGUGGAACUGCAAUCCAGCAAUGAAGAAGAGUCCGAGGAAGAAACCCAGUCUGAAAUUGUUCAGCACGGAAAUGCAGAGGAGGAAAAGGAGAAGGAAGAAGAGCUUUUCGAGUAUGAUCAAAUAGAAGCCCAAAGAACAAAAAGGCAAAGACUGUGUGAUGGAGGAAUGAUGCCUGUGGGAAGAAGAGAGGUGCAAGUUUCUGUGCCUGAAGACAAUAAAGAUAAUGUAGAAGCAUCUAGCAGCAGUCCAACAUGCCCUCCCCAUCCAGGAUUUAUGUGGGGAGUUUGCAUCCGGUGUGGUGUGAUGAAACCAAAUUCAGAUUCAGAUGAUCAAACUGGAGUUGCUCUUAAAUAUAUUCAUAAGGAUUUUGAGCUCACAGAUAGAGAAGUUGCACGGUUACGCAAUAAUGAUCUGAAGAAGUUACUACCAAGAAAGAAACUUUAUUUAGUGCUGGAUCUAGAUCAUACAUUGCUUAAUUCUGCUCGUUUUGUUGAAGUCCCCCAUGAAGAGGCGGCAUAUGUCACAUCAACUUACUUAAAGGGUGUAUCAAAUGCUGAAUCAGAAGUUGGAGAAACUGGAAGGAGCUUGUACAGAUUAAUUUCAUUGCAGAUGUGGACAAAACUUAGGCCUUUUGUGCAUGAGUUUUUGGAGGAGGCAAGUGAGAUGUAUGAAAUGUAUGUCUAUACGAUGGGAGAGCGAGCUUAUGCUUUGAAAAUGGCAAGGCUUCUUGAUCCCACAGGAAAACAUUUUGGGACUAGGGUCAUCUCACAGGGUGAUAGUACACGUAGACAUCAGAAAGACCUAGAUGUCGUAUUGGGAGCAGAGUCUGCAGUUGUGAUUCUUGAUGACACUGAGCAAGUAUGGCCAAGGCAUAGAUCAAAUCUCAUAGUGAUGGAAAGAUACCAUUUCUUCAGCUCAAGUUGCCGACAAUUUAACCUACAGAGUCCCUCUUUAACACAUUUAAUGAGGGAUGAGACAGAGACAGAGGGCGCUCUUGCAAGCAUGUUGCGUGUACUCCGUUCUGUGCAUCAAAUGUUUUUCAAUAAGGAUAAUGAUGGACUUGCUGCUCAUUCUGGAUUUGAAGGCAGAGAUGUGAGGCAGGUUUUGAGAGCUGUACGCUUGAAAAUAUUGGAAGGUUGUAAAAUUGUCUUUAGUCGGAUCUUUCCAACAGCUUACCCUGCUGAGAAGCAUCAUCUUUGGCGUUUGGCUGAAGAAUUAGGAGCAACAUGUUCUACUACAUUAGAUGAAUCUGUAACACAUGUUGUUGCUCUAGACCUAGGAACAGAUAAAGCACGCUGGGCAGUGCAGAAUAAACGUUAUUUGGUUCAUCCGCAAUGGCUUGAAGCAGCAAGCUACAUGUGGCAAAGGCAAAUUGAAGGAAACUUCUCCAUCACUACAAAGAAAAAUAGUUCAGCAUCAACUUUUGUUGAAUCUAUUCCAGUCUUACCUCAAGGUACUGAUGGAAGAGAUGUCGAAUCUACUCAAAAUAAAGAGGAGACUGAUGAUGGAGAUAUCGAUGUUGAAAGCUGAUUGCACACUCAUCUUAGGAAUAUUGCUAGUGGAAACUAUUGGAUGGUUGUGGCACAAAUAUUGUUUUUUGUUAGUUCUAACAAAUGCAAGUGAAUGGAGUAACAUGGCCAAAGCGUUUCUACAUUUGAUAAUACCAGGUAUUUCUAUGCUUUCAUGGAAAUCUAGGCCUUCAUGGUUGCUCGAUACCUUGUGUCAUGCUGGAAGCAUUAAGAUUAUUUAUAAAAAAACAUUAAGAUGUUAGUGACAAACACUGAAACCUCUGUAAUAGUUUAAAAUAAAUGUGUGUUUGACAUUGAAAACAAAUAGGCUGGAUCUUGAAGUCAUGUAGCUGGUGCACAAGUUAACCUACAGAUAGAGGAGCGAGGGAAAAAAGCUGCACUUGUAUUUAUAACAACUGACUAGACAUUUGUUGAGCAGAGUUGUGCCAUAGCUUCAAUAUCUUAUGGAGACACGUUAUGAGGCUAGAUAUUUACUUCCCAGCAUCUAUUCUCAGGGAUUUUCAUAGGAAGAUCAUAUUUCAGUAGAAAUCCUAACUCGAGAAUUUUGGAACAAAGGGCAAGAUUUGGAAGGAAUGUUUUCUGCUCUAAAAGACAACCAACAAUGUUGCAAAGUAUGUGUGAUUGCGAGUAUUGAUAUAAAUUUUGUGGUACAUGUGAAACACGUCAACAGAUCACUUAUGAUAUAUUUUAGAUGUCAAUUAAAUUAAUAUCAUUCGUUUUGGUCUUGCAAA